CUGCUUCAAUCCGAGUCAUUGUUCGCCAUCUUUUCACGUUGUGAACAUCUUCGGAGUGUUGCUCUCGGCCCGAUCGACUAAGUGAAGAAAAAGAAAUUGUUCCAAAUAUCAAAAUUCUCAGAAUUUUGAAUCUUCAGUGCUUGAAAUUAUUAGAUUAACGUAUUUGUGUGGUUUUACGUAUUAAAAAUCUCAAAAUGACUGAAACCGAGAAGAAAGCAGAGCAAACUACCGGAGGAACCGAAACUGAGUCUGAUGCUCCGAAAGCCGAUGUUGAGCAUCAACGUAAGAUCAAUGUCGGUAACUUACCGUCGGAUGUGACUGAGCAGCAACUGCGCGAUUUGUUCAGCGGUCAUGAAAUUGAGAAGGUAGAUAUUUAUCAUUACCGCAAGUAUACGAUCGCACUGCUCCUGUUCAAGGAUAAGGAAGCCGCCACCAAGGCUCUCACCGAAAAGGAUGGCACCAUGUUCCGCGAUCGUCGCCUCCGCAUCCAUCUGGAAUUCAUUACCAUCCGUCACAUCAAGCGUGACGUCAUCGUUACCGUUGUUGACGACGAGAACAUGACCGAAGAGCAAUUGUGGGACAAGGUGAAGGCUGCCGAAGUCGAGCCAACUUCUGUUUUGAUCUUCUACCCGUUGGGUUAUGUAACCUUGCAAAAGGAUUCUGACAAGCCCGCCAUUCUUGAGAAGUUGAAGGCCGCUGAUUUCAAUGCGCAUGACUUGAAUCAGCGUGACCAGAAUCAGCAUCUGGACAUAUGGCGUGCGGCCAAGCUAUUCUUCCGCAAUCGCAAUCGUGUACAACUGCUGAACAUCCCUAACAAGUGGAUCGAAGAUAAGGAGGAAAUGAAGAAGCAGUGUGCUGAAGGUGGCAGCAUCACCGAGGCUGUUUCGAACAAUGUAACCCAAAAUGCUCAGAAUGCUUCCAACUAUGCCCGUAUCUUUUACGAAACUGAAGAGCAGGCUGCCAAGGCCGCUACUGCCUUGAAUGGCCGUGUGGUCGAGGGCAAGCGCAUUCAUGCUCUGCAUCUUGGAUCUGCAUUGAUUCCCAACUACAAAACAUCGGUCUAUGUCACUUCGUUGGACAAGGCCAUCACGGAAGAGCAGGUGUACGACCACUUCAAGCAGUUUGGAGAAAUCGAUUUUGUCAAUCGUCGUAACUGUAAUGAUGCUGCCAUCAUUUGCUACAAGAAUGCUACUUCCGUUGAGAAGGCGCUUGCAUGCACCGCCUUCCCGGCUCCUACUGAAGAGAACAAGGAUGCCACCAAGGAAAUUGUCGUGAAGAAAUACGAUGGUCCUAUCGUACUCCGCCCGGUCGCUCUCAAACGUAAGUUGAAGACUGGCGAAGAAGACAAGGAUCAAGAGGAAAGAAGCAAGGAGCAACAGGAUGUGCUAAAGAAACUGCAAGCUUACCAUCCUAUCUUUGUUGGCAACGUUCCGUUGAACUGCCCGCCUCUGGAACUGAAGCGUUACUUCGCCCAGCAUGGACCAAUCAAGUUCAUGUUCUCCCCUCAAAUCAUGGCAUACCGUGCUAGCGCUCCACACCCCGUGAAGACGUUCAUUAUCUACUAUAUGGCUCGGGCUAGUGCCCAGAACGCUUGUCGCUUCCUCGACCAUAAGUUCUUUGGUGGUCACCGUCUACACGUGCUUCCACUGCGUGGAGAACAAACGCUUGACGUUAAGAAGACUGUUAAAAUGACUAAAAUUCCAUACCUGUCUGAGGAUGCAUUGUUCAAGAAGAUCAAGCCAUUCGUUGGCAAGAUCAAUCGUAUCGUCAAGAAGUCGCGGUUGGCCGCAUACAUCGAGCUGAACGAUACCGCCGAUGUCGAGAAGUUGAUGCAGAUCGAACAUGAUGAUCAUCCUCUACCGAGGGGUAAGAUGGAACUGCUUAAAACCGCGAUUAACGCUCGCCUCUACAACGAGAACGAUAGCCGUGUUUUGAAUGGCAUUGCUAAGAUUAUCGCCAAGAAUCCGGACAUGCUUAAGAAGACUGCAUUGCCUCCAAACAAGCGCCCACGAUUGAAUGGACCUGGUUUUAAUCAAGGCCCUGGUGGCUUCAAUCCCAAUAACAAUAUGAACAAUCCCCAAGCUAUCCAAGAUCUGUUGCGCCUUGCGUUCAUGUCUGGUAAGAAUGUUGGCGAGAGUCUGGCUUCUAACCAGAGCUCGUUCAAUGCUCCCGAUCCACCAGUUGCCAAUUCAAACAACUUUGGCGAAGGUGGUUUCGGCAAUCGUAAUCGCAAUAACCAAGGUGGCAACUUCCGUGGUCAAGGAAGAAACAUGAACCAGAACCGUGGCAACAAUGCUAAUGCCAACAAUACCAAUUUCGGUGGCAACAAUGACGCCGCUGGUAACAACUUCCAAGCUGCCCCCGGAAAUCAGAACCGUGGUGGCCAGAACAUUCGUAGUAAUCAGCCGAACCCGAAUCAGAAUCAGAACCGUGCUGCUGGUAAUGCGAACCAGAAUCAGGGUAAUGUUAACCGCCCUCAGCCAAACAAGCCUAACAUCAACUUGAAUACCGUGAACCCAAAUAGAAACCAGGCUGCUGCUGGUGGCGGCAAUAUGAAUCGCAACCAAAACCAAAAUCGUAACCAAAAUAACCGCAACAACUUCGAUAAUAAUGACUCCUUUGGCGGAGGAAACAACUUUGGCAAUAACCGUAACAAUUUUUCCAAUGACAGUUUUAGCAACGACAGCUUUGGUAACACUCGUAACAUUGAUAAUUUCUCGAAUGACAACUUCGGUGGUAACGGUAGCAACACCCGUGGUGGUAAUCGCAACCAGAACGAUAACUUUAACUCGUUCGGUAGCGGAAACAGCGGCAACACUAGCGGCGGUGGAAACAAUCGCUUCAAUAACCCUGGUGGAAACAAUUUCAAGAGUAAUUUUAACCGCAACCAAAACAAUAGUUUCGGUGGUGACGAUGACAACAACUUUGCCGGUAACAACCAGGGCGGUAACAGUUUCGGUAACCGUCAAAACAAAUCCUUCAAUCAAGGUGGCGGUGGCGGCAACCAGGGAGGCGGUAUGUCUUUUGGUGAAUUUAACUCGAAUCCCAACCGUGGCAACUUCGGUGGCAAUUCUGGUGGUGGUUUCAACUCCGGCAAUAGUGCCGGUGGAAACAAAUGGAAUAAUUCCAAUUCCCAGCAAUCAAAUACUGGCAGCCGCCUCGCUGGUAGCAUUUUUAGCCGUCGUUUUUAAACAGCUAAACACAGAAAUGUUAAUUAUUACAAGAAAUUUGCGUCUUGUAUAUAACACAUUCGCUUCCCUUUGUCCCAGUGUUAGCAGGGAUGACGAAACUGUCGGGGAAGCACACUCUUUUAGGAUUAGGAAGAACAAACUAAUGUAACGUAAUUUUAAGUCUAUCAGAACCUGUUUCUUAAACCAGAAAUAAAUUUAACAGUGAGACGAUCGAAAAUUAAAUUCAAAUUUUUUGCUGUUCAUUUUAAAUCAAAUUGACUACUAUAGAAGUAAUGACACAAAUUACAAAAUCUUACACAAGAUUCAUGGUAUGUAAAAUUAAAUGUUCAACAAACAGCUAGUUCUAGAAGUAACAUUAUUACAGAAUUUGUCAGGUCUCUUGAAACCUAGACACCCACAGAAGUAUUUAUUUUAUUUUAACCUGAAGCUUAGGAAUUUUUGUAAGCUGUGAAGUAUUUUUUGUUCCAUUCGUUAUUGGAAAGAAAGACACCGACAGUUUGAUAGUAAUCAAAUGGAAGAGCAAGUUUGAAUUUCAUUCAAAAAUAAAGAAAAUUAAGUGAACAUAAUGUAACCACAUACACAACAGCAGUUUAUUGUUGUUUUGAGCAGCUUGCAGUAAAAAUUGGAAAUGUGAACAGUACUCUUUGAUGCGAAUAAAAACGCUGGUAUAAACAAAUAAAAGAUUAGGGAUCGUACCCAUAUAUUCACUUAGCUGAAUAAUACCUACAUCUCACUGCAUUUCCGUGCGGUGAACAUUUAACUGUAAGCUCCCAUAUAAAUUAAUUUUAGUGUAAAACUGAAAUAAAAUGUGCAACACUGAAGUAAAACGUAA